AUGGCGCUGCGUGAAACCAAUUUGGAUGGCAUUCUACCAUUGGUAGCCAGAGGUAAAGUCAGAGAUAUUUACGAAGUUGACUCAAAGACACUUCUUUUUGUAGCAACAGACCGUAUUUCCGCGUACGAUGUUAUCAUGGGAAACACUAUUCCGGAAAAAGGCAUUCUUUUGACCAAAUUAUCAGAGUUUUGGUUUUCACAUCUCAGAUCUGAUGUCCGCAACCAUUUGGUUGAAAUCCCACAAGGCAAGACAAUUUUUGAUUUCCUUCCAUCUGAACUUCAAGAACCAAAGUACAAGACCCAAUUGGAGGGCAGAUCCAUGCUCAUUCACAAAUUCAAGCUCAUUCCGUUGGAAGUAAUUGUGCGUGGUUUUAUCACCGGGUCUGCAUGGAAAGAAUAUCAAAAAUCAGGAACCGUGCAUGGCCAAAAAGCUCCAGAAGGCUUGAAACAGUGCCAAGAGUUCCCCACCCCGAUCUUCACACCAUCAACCAAGGCCGAACAAGGCGAACACGAUGAAAACAUAUCCGAGGCUCAGGCAGCGGAAUUGGUGGGCCCAGAGUUGUGCUCCAGAGUAGCCAAACUCGCAAUUAGGCUAUAUGCUAUAUCCAAAGACUAUGCAAAGACGAAGGGUAUAAUAAUAGCUGACACGAAGUUCGAAUUCGGCAUCGAUGAGUCCACUAACGAAAUCAUCUUGGUGGAUGAAGUUCUCACUCCAGACUCAUCUCGUUUCUGGAGCGGUAAGAACUACGUACUAGGCAAGGAGCAAGACUCGUACGACAAGCAGUUUUUGAGAAACUGGUUAACCAGUAACAAGUUGAACGGUGUGGAUGGCGUCAAAAUGCCCGAGGACAUUGUUAUGAGCACAAGAGCAAAAUAUGUGGAAGCCUAUGAGACGCUAACGGGUUGCGAAUUUUAG